AUGUCGAGAUCGUCAUUACAAUGGGAUGACUUGAAAUGUCCAAUUCAACCAUGGAUCAGAACGGCAAUAGAUGUCAUGGGUUUUGAUCAAAUGACUCCAGUACAAGCAUCCACCAUCCCUAUGUUUUCCCAAAACAAAGAUGUAGUAGUAGAAUCUGUCACUGGGUCAGGUAAGACAGUUGCUUUUGUCAUCCCUGUAUUAGAAAGAAUUAUCUCCGAAGGAGCUAAUAAAAAAUCUUUCAAAAAAGGUCAUUUCCAUUCUUUAAUAAUUUCACCAACAAGAGAAUUGGCUAAACAAACAAAAAUCGUCAUUGAUGAAUUCCUAAAACAAUACCCUGACGAUAUGUACCCCAUUAAAGCUCAAUUAUUAGUGGGGACCAAUGAAAAUACUGUUAGAGAUGAUGUAAAUGAUUUUCUGGAGAAUAAACCUCAAAUAUUAGUGGGGACACCAGGAAGAUUAUUAGAUUUCUUACAAAUGACCUCUGUCAAGACUUCUUCAUGUGGUAUGGUCAUAAUUGAUGAGGCUGAUAGGUUACUAGAUAUCAGUUUCGUCAAAGACGUGGAAAAAAUUCUUAGCGUCCUACCGAAACAAAGAAGAACUGGAUUAUUCUCAGCAACAAUAAGUAGUGCAGGUGAUAGUAUUUUCAAGACAGGUUUAAGAAAUCCAGUUAAGAUAAAAGUUAACUCGAAAAAUGUUGCGCCUUCAUUAUUGAAAUUAAAUUAUGUUGUAGUGGAUCCGGAACUAAAAUUUCAAUAUUUGUUAAACUUAUUAAACAAUUACAGAUUCAAGAAAUGUAUAGUGUACUUUCCUACAUGUAUUUCAGUCACAUAUUUUUAUUCAUUUAUGCAAUAUUUACAAAAUGAGUUUAAAAAUUCAAAACAUCCAUUUCUCAAUGAAGAUUUACAAAUAUUCUCAUUGCAUGGUAAAUUACAAACUGCAUCAAGAAUGAAAACGCUAGAUUCAUUUACAGAGACUUUGACCAAUGCAGUACUCCUAACAACUGAUGUUGCAGCAAGGGGUAUUGAUAUUCCUGACGUUGAUUUAGUGGUUCAAUUGGAUCCUCCAACUGAUAGUGACAUUUUCUUACAUAGAUGUGGUAGAACUGGGAGAGCCAAUAGAAUCGGCCAAGCUAUCACAUUUUUAAAUAAAGGAAGAGAAGAAGAUUUUGUAACAUUCAUGCAAGUGAAAAAUGUGGAACUAGAAGAAAUUAAUAAUUUAGAACUAAUAAAUCCAUGUGAAAACUUUUAUGAUAUUUUCAAAAAAUGGAUUUUACAAGAUAGAGCAAGAUUUGAUCAUAGUAUAAAGGCAUUUGUGGCAUUUAUUAGAUAUUAUUCCAAUCAUUCAGCAAGUUCUAUCUUUAGAUUACAAAGUUUAAACUAUGUGGCCAUUUGUAAAAUGCAUGGUCUUUUCCGUCUACCGAGAAUGCCAGAGAUUACUAAAUAUUUGAAAGAUGAUCCAGAGAACCCCGUAGUAUUUGCAGAUGGUUGGUUAGUGAACCCACCAAUUAAUUUAGAUAAUUUUGCAUAUGCAGAUAAGAAACGGGAAAAGAAAAGGUUGGAUGAAUUGAAACGUACUCAAGAUAUUCAUGAUAAGAAGAAAUUGAAAUACGAAUUAAAGAAGAAAAAUAUGGCUUGGUCUAAUAAGACUGAAACUAAAGAAACUAAAGCCGAAAGAAGAUUGAAAAUGAGUAUCAAAAGGAAAGCAAUCGAAGAACAGUUAGCUAAAGAAGAAGCUAAUAACAGUUCCGGAGAAGAAGUAGAACAAGAUUGGAAAGAUGUAAUUAUGCAAACCAAAAAAAGGAAAACUGCUUCCAACGAUGUACAAGGUGCAUUUGAUGAUUUAUAA